AUGGAGACGGGAAUUAAGGGCAUUAAUGACACUGAGGCCAACAGAGUAUCGGACAAACAAAACUCUUAUAUCAUAAGACCGCCGUUCGACCAGAAAUUUCGUCCAUCAAUAGUGAAAUCAAUAUUAAGCCAAAUUCUGAAAGAACGCCUCGAAAACGAAGCAUACUCACCCGAAAUUACACACGACCGAUGUAUUGAAAUUGCAGAUGCGAUCAAACAGACCCUGAAGAAUACACUAAACCUGAGCAGAUACCGGUACCUCGUGCAGGUAAUCAUUGGUGAGCAAAGAGGCCAGGGUGUCAAGGUAGCGUAUAGGUGCUACUGGGAUGCGGACACUGAUAACUAUGCUGAAGCAUCUUUUAUGAAUGAAUCACUUUUUUGCGUUGCGUCAGCCUUCGGUGUAUACAGUUACUAA